AUGAAAAGGACAGACAGUCCAUCAUCUGUGUUUCAGAAUCCAAAGACUAGUGGAAGUUCUUCAGAUGAAGAGAUCCGGCCACUGGUUGAGGCAUAUCUAUACAAUGGCAAUGCCACCUUGCUCUCCCUCGUGAAUUGUUCUAAAGCAUAUCAGUUACCUGGACGACAAAGACCUGCAGAUGAACUCAGUCCCUGGUUACGCCCAACUGUGGAUGCUAUUACUAAUGCUGCCAACUUCCUUAACAUGAUUUUUCAGGCAAAUGACUUACGGGACAGUAGCAUAAAGGAGGAUUUGGAGUGGUACCAUGCUUUGGUACGGGGCCUGCUGGAGAGCGAUCCCCUCAUUCGCCGGGUCCUCCUUGCUUUUGAUACGCAACCUUCGGCUCUGCGGCCACAGCUUGUGCUCCAGGCAAAGCACCCUAGCUACAAGUCCCAGGACAUUCUCCUGCAGGACCUUUCCUCAGCAUGGCAAGACCUUCAUGCAUCACCCCCGGCACUUGAUGCCAGCUGGUACGCUGCCCUGAAGUCUUCUGCUCAAAUACCUCCCGCACUUUCCAAACGGAUACUUUUCAAUGACCUAAAUACCUUGGAGACACCGAAAUGGGGACGAGGAGACAGCUAUGUGACUAAUAGAGAUGAAGUUCAUUGGGCCAGUGCACCUUUUCUAGAGUGUGACAAGGGACAGUUCCUUCCUGACUGGCUACUCACGCUUUCUACUUCCUUCUAUGGUCUCAAACCUGAUCUCAGCCCGGAGUUCAGGGGAGUGAUCCGUAUAGAUGUCAGUCUACAAGGUUUUGAUGUGGACCAGUGUGCGCAAAGAAAAGAUUGGUUCUCCAACACACAUCGAUGCAAUCGCACAACCAUGCAUUGUGAACCUGUCCAUGGGCAGGGCUUUCGGCUUGGACAGUACGCCUGCCUGUGCAAAGAGGGAUACUACAGCCUCCCACUAGGCACUCAAAAUGCACUUGGGGAGAAUGGCACUGUCAGUACAGGGGAGGCAUUCUCGCCUCCUAUUCCCGUGUGUUUGCCCUGCUGGCCAGGUUGUAAGCAAUGUAAGGAUGGAGCCCCUUGCAAGGUGCAAGGGACCUGGUACCUGCGGUUGGGAGUUCUGGCAGUGCAGAGCCUCUUUAUGCUACUCGUACUCAUCAAUAUGUUUGUGGCCUACCAGUUUCGUCAGAACAAGAGCAUCAGAGCAUCUGGUCUGUUGCUGUUGGAAACAAUCCUCUUUGGCUCGCUGCUACUGUAUUUUCCUGUCUUCAUCUUGUACUUCAAGCCCAGCACUUUCCGCUGUAUCUUACUUCGCUGGGUGCGGCUUAUGGGGUUCGCCAUUGUUUACGGCACUAUAACACUGAAGAUGUACCGGGUGUUAAGGGUGUUCCUGUCCCGUACUGCUCAGCGGGUCCCCUACAUGUCCAGCACACACAUGUUGAGGCUGCUGGGAGUAAUCGUGCUGACGGUUGCCUGGUUUUUGUCUGCCUGGACGGCGAGUGCGCUGCAAAACCGUGAGCGUAACAUUCCCUUGCUAAUCACCUCCAGCACUCCAGAGGGGAAGAGCUUCAGGCUGUGUGAUUUAGAUCGCUGGGACUAUAUGAUGGCCAUAGCGGAGCUGCUCUUCCUGUGCUGGGGAAGCUCUCUACAUAAUUCUGUCAGGAUGAUCCCCUCUGCUUUUCAUGAGCCACACUACAUGGGCAUUUCAAUCCAUAAUGAGCUGCUUCUCUCAUCCGCCUUCCACGCCACCAGGUUUGCUCUGCCCUUGUUGCACCCAGAUUGGAUGUUACUGCUGUUCUUCACCCACACUCAUGUCACCGUCUCUGUGACUCUAGGACUUCUGCUGAUUCCCAAGUUUUUAUAUAUGUCGCAACCAAUACGCAAGGAGAUGGCAGCGGAAGUAUAUGAGGAGGAGGUGGGCCUCCAGCGCUCAUGCUCGUAUUUCAAUGGCAGCUUUGCCUCCAACUGGAACGAGCACAACACAGACUCUGAUGAUAUACGGGAUGAGUUAAAGAAGUUGUAUGCGCAGUUGGAGAUGCACAAGACCAAAAAGAUGAGUGCAAACAACCCCCACUUGCGAAAAAAGCGCAGUUCUCAUUUGGGAUUGGGCCAGUCUAUAAUGAAGCACAUCACAAGGUUUCCAGGGUCUAUGAGUCGCCGAUGUAGUCGUGAGGAAAUCUCACAAUAUAGUGGAGGAGGUAGCAAACCAGCAUCAUGCAAAAAGAAGAUCUUGGAGUCAGGUAGCAUCAGAUCUUCAGAAGAAUCAUUCAACAAAGGCGUUCUUCUGCGCUGUAAAUCCCACAGUAUCUAUGACCGUGGCCAAGAGCACCAACUAUACGCUGGUGAUGUUAAAGAUUCCUCACUGCUAAACUCUUCCAUGAGAAAGAAGCUGACCAAAAAAGCUUCUGAGAGCUCCGAAAUAAAGUCUGAAGAAGCUGUACCAUUCGUAUACAAAUCUGCCAGCGCCCACAACCUCUCUGCUGAUAAUCAAUUACUGCAGCCUAUGCCGAAGAAGCUGCAGAAGUCACUGAGUGUAAUGACAAGCGACAUGGAUGGUUCAGCUCUACAUCCAAGCAAGAUCUACACAGCAGAUGAUGGCCAGCAUGCCAGUAAACCAAGCAAGAAAGAGAAUGAUCCUAAACACAAGCUAACAAUCAGUUCUCAGACAUUAAAUGCACAUCUGUCUGAAUUAUCUAACAAGGAAGUCCAGAAUCCAAUUGCAGGUGGGAGUUGGGACGCCGAGGUCUGUCAGCUUCUCCAUCAGCUUGCCCAGGCAGAUGGUGUUGAAAGCAGAGCUGUAUUCCAGGAAGAGCAUCCUGACAUACGUUCUGCUACAUUCCAGGGGCUGUAUAACAUCAUUUUGACUUCAUUACAUUCCAAAUAA